CUCUUUUCUUUUUUGCAAGUCAGCUAAUUAGAAUGUUUCAAAUAUUAACAGAUUGAAAUAUUCAAAGAUAUCGUCUUGAUGGUGAAAGUUGGUAUGAAACCUUGGAGGCAGUUUACAUCCAUCCCCUGAAACCUCUUUGCAAAAGAAGAUAAGAAGAAGAAGAAGAAGAAGAAGAAGAAGAAGAUAAUGAUUGUUUGUGUGACCGGAGGUGCCGGUUACCUUGCCUCCUUCCUCAUAAGAUCCUUGUUACACAGAGGCUACACAGUCCAUGCAACUCUCAGGAAUCUCGGAGAUCCGACGAAGGUGGGGCUUUUGAAAGAGCUUCCAAAUGCGGAUUCGAAACUGAAAUUGUUCGAGGCAGAUGUCUACAAACCUGAUGAAUUUGCUCCCGCCAUUCAUGGCUGCCAUGUCGUCAUCCAUAUGGCUACUCCUUUGCAGCACACCCCACAAACCUCCCAGUACAAGAACACGGGGGAGGCAGCAGUUGCUGGAGUCAGGAGCAUAGCAGAAGCAUGCAUAAGAGCGGGGACUGUGAAGAAACUCAUAUACACCGCCAGUGUGGUGGCUGCAUCUCCAUUGAUGGACAAUGCCACUGGUUUCAAGGACACCAUGGAUGAGACUUGUUGGACUCCUUUUGAUUUCCCAACCCCUUACCAUAGUGAUUUCUUCAUGGAAUACACGAGAUCAAAGACAUUAGCAGAGAAAGAAGUGUUGAGCUACAAUGGGAAAGGGAUACGUGUCGUAUCUCUUGCUCUCGGCGUUGUUGGAGGGCGCGAGACGCUUCAGUCAUGGAUGCCGGAGAGCUUGGGUUUGAUGGUCUCCCAAGCAACGAAUGAUAAGAAUCGGUAUCAAGGGCUAAGGUUUAUGGAGGAGUUGUUGGGAAAGGUGCCCAUUGUACAUGUGGAAGAUGUAACUGCAGCCCAUGUUUUCUGCUUGGAGCACCAGCACAUCAAUGGCAGGUUUCUUUGUGCUAGUUCCUACCUUAAAUCCGUUGAGAUCGCGUCUUACUAUCAGCUCCACUUUCCCCUCAUUAAAAUCCCUCAAGAGUUCAUUGAGGACACAAAGAGGGACACAAAGUGGGGCUCAAGUAAGUUGGAAGAAGCAGGUUUUGAAUGGAAAUAUGAUUAUAGUACGAUACUCUCCGAUAGUCUGGAAUGCGCCAAGAGAUUCUGCAAUCUCCAUAUUAGCUGAUCUAUGGUUAUCGGUAUCUUGUACCAAAAAACAUGUUUUUCAACACUAGUGUGGCAUAUAUAUAUGCCAUAUUGUCAAAGAAUAAUUCCUUCUGAAGUUGAAAUUGACAAGUCAUUAUGUUUGCACUUGUAACAUUGUUUCCUUUGGGCACACACUUCU